AUGAAAAUAGAAGAAGAGUUUGGUUAUGCCGCCAGCUUUCCCUAUUAAUUAACCUUAAAUAUAGUUAUUUUUUUUUAUUCUACAAAUAAUAUAAGCACAAAAUGGCAAAUUCAUUAAUGUCAGAAUUAAAUGAAGCUGUACUUAAGAAAACGACGAAUUUAUCUUUUCUAAAUGACAGAGUUUCUGGUUAUAACUGGAAUGAAGGGUUAAAUUAUGAUAAACUGAUGCAAAGUUACCUACAUAGUGGAUUCCAGGCUACUAGUUUUGGUCUAGCCGUAGAAGAAAUUAAGAAAAUGUUAAAUUGUAGAAAACAACCAAUUCCUGAAGAAAAAUUCAUUGACAAUGACGACGAGUUCACAGUUGUUAAAAAUAAUUGUACCAUAUUUUUGGGGUACACGUCUAAUUUGAUAUCUAGCGGCUUAAGAGAAACUAUAAAAUUUUUAGUUCGGCAUAAAAUGGUAGAUUGUAUAGUAACCACUGCUGGUGGUGUUGAAGAAGACCUCAUUAAAUGUCUUGCUCCUACUUUUGUAGGUGAUUUUCAUUUAGACGGUAAAACUUUAAGAGAUUGUGGCAUAAAUCGAAUUGGAAACUUACUGGUACCAAAUGAUAAUUAUUGUAGCUUUGAAAAUUGGAUUCUACCUAUUCUUGAUGAGCUGUUAAAGGAACAGAAAGAUGGUGUCCUUUGGACUCCUAGCAAGAUAAUUGAAAGACUAGGAAAAGAAAUUAACAAUGAAGAAAGUGUAUAUUAUUGGGCGGCAAAAAAUAAAAUUCCUGUAUUCUGUCCAGCCUUAACAGAUGGUAGCCUCGGUGAUAUGAUGUUCAUGCAUUCAUUCAAAAAUCCUGGACUGGUCGUGGAUAUUAUUUCAGAUUUAAGAAGGAUUAAUUUGAUGGCUAUGAAAUCAGUACACACAGGAAUGGUGAUACUAGGAGGUGGCCUCAUAAAACAUCACAUUUGCAAUGCCAAUUUAAUGAGAAAUGGUGCCGACUAUUCCGUUUUUGUAAAUACUUCCUCAGAAUUCGAUGGCAGUGAUGCGGGUGCCAGACCGGACGAAGCUAAAUCAUGGGGAAAAAUUAAAAAAGAUGCAAAUCCCGUGAAAGUAUAUGCAGACGCGACUUUAGUGUUUCCUUUAUUGGUCGCUCAAACGUUUGCUAAAGAUUAUUUUGCUCCCAAUACUUCUAAUUAAAAUAUUUAAAUUCAACCACGAGUUUUAUUAAGUCCAUGGAAAUCUCUUAGUUUGGUAACGUAGCUUUGAUAGAUUUAAAUUGAUUAUUCACCGACAAGCCUCCCGACACAAGAAGUGGAUUAAUCUUUUUUCCCGAUGAUCAGCAUCCUCCUUCAAUUCUUGGGAGAGGACCACUGAAGUCCCCGUCUCUUUUGCUCAAUACCCCCGGACCCCCUUUUGUUACUGGUAUUUAUAAUACUAGGGUUUAUAAAAAAUCUUGUAGACUGUAAAGACUUCAAUCCAUUAUUUUUGUGUGUACUUCAAAAAUUCGAGAGU